AUGCUCUUCGCCAAAUACCUUCUCGCUGCCCUUCCCCUCGUUGGGUCUGCCUUCGGAGCCCCUACCGCGGCCAAGAAGGACCUCGCUGUCGUCGAGGACCGUGACAUCAACAUCUUGAACAUUGUCUCCAACUUUAAGCAGGAGAUUGACGGCCCCGUCACGCUCAUCAAACAAGGUGCCGGAUCAACCGCCCUCACCCAGAACAACCUCCAGGAAUACCUCACCACCAUCUCCAACGCCAUUGGAAGCACCACUGCCCAAGUCCAAGCGCUGCAAAAGCGAGACUUGUCCGAAAUGACCCCAGAGAUGCAAAAGCGUCAAGCGGAUCUCGUCAAUGAAGUCGGUCAAUUGCUCGCCGGUGUCAUCCAGGAAGUCGUCGAGGCUCUCCAGGUCAUCGGCGCUGACCUCGCUGGAAUCCCCAUCAUCGGUAACCUCAUCGCAUCCAUCAUUCCCGGUCUUAACACCCUCCUCAUCGGUGUCGACCUCGUCCUCGCCGGUGUCCUCCUCGUCGUUCAAUCUCUCCUUGGAAACGUCGCCGGACUCCUCAACGGAGUCCUCGGUGGACUUGGACUGGGUGGUCUCUUGGGAGGACUGCUCGGUUAAGCGUGUAAGACCCCUGGCCUUCUUCCCCAUUUCUUUGUACAUGUGGACUUUCCUCUCUAUCUCCUCUACUUCGAACAGCAUACACGAGUGUGUUCUUCUCGACCACUUGUUCCCAUAACGUUGCUCCUUAGCAUGUGUAGCCAUUAAUACAAGGACGACUCGUAUUCGUCGUUUUGCAAAACAUGCACCCGAUCUCCAUGUGUCCAAUU